AUGGAGCAAAUCGCAGCAAAGCUGGCCUCUUUGGUGCCGCCGCAGCCCCGCGAUGAGCUCGUGGUGGAGAAGACCGGGGCGGAGAAGGGGAGGGAAUCGGGGGAAGCGAGGAGGCGGCCUUUGGAAAGGUCGACGGUGGAAGUGAAGGGAGCAGGAGGGAUCCUUGUCAUCGGCGGACUCCUGGCUGCUGCCGCCGUCGCCGCCGGAGCCACCACCAUCGCUCGCAGGGCGCAUGCGCUACGCCCGCCGGCGAGCAAGAAAGAGUGGGUCGAGGGUUUCAACGGCGACCAUAAAUCGGAACAGAGCCAAAUUGAUCGAUCCGUCGGUAUCCCGGAGGACAAUCGUGUUUCUGUCAAAUCGAAGGACAAUUUAUUUGAAGAUGAUACUUGUAAUGGCAGAGUGUUGGACAUGGACCAAGUUAAUGAGAAAUUUUGCAGGAAAGUAGAUUUGGAUCUCCAGAAUGGAAUAGGAGAAGAAAUUAGAUCAAAUGAUGUUGUAGAUGAAACACCUGGUGAAGAAGAAAAUGAAGUAGCCUCACCUGGAGAAGCUGAACAUAGUGUGAACCAUCAUGAAACUGAGCUGAAUGAAUGUGUACCUCCUGCUUUGGGCAAUGAAGGAGGAGAUGAGCCCUUACCAAAGCAACCACAAUUUGAUUUUGCAGAGGCAGAUAAUGGGCAAUCCAACACAAAUGAAUUAAUUCAAUCAGCUGGCUUUGACAUCAGCAAGCAAGUAUGUCAGAGUGUGUGUGCUAUAGGUAUGAGAAGGUUUUGACAUUUUUGGAAGAACCUAAACAGUCUCAGCUUGAGAUGGCUGAGAGCAAAUCCGAUGUGCCCGGAGUAGUAGAGCCUUUGUCCUUCAAGGAAAUGGCUGAACAACAAAAGGUUGAAGCAUCACAAAGUGAUCUUGCAGAAGAGGCAAAUUCUCAGGACAUUAGUGAACAGCAAACUGAGCAAGUCUCAGAUGAAUACAAGCGAGAGAAAGAAGAUGAUCUUGAAAAAUAUGAAGAGGAGAUUGAAAGAAAGAAAGUGUCCGAAUCGUCUUCUAAAGAAGCAGCAGCAGAGGAAGAGGUGAAAGAAAAGAAAGAGGCAGAGGCAUCUCCACAACAAGGAGGCAAGGAAGAUGAUGCGGUAAUGAUGAAGGGUUUCAUCCCGCUGUUACGGUGAAGGUCAAGGAAGGUCAAAGUCAAGACGGUCAACAGGGAACGAUAUCGGUCGGUCGAACGAAUCAUGCGGCGACCAGGGAGUAAGCUCUGACCCACUGUCUUUGACACAAGGAGCAAUGCAACAACCGACGUUCAAAUGGCGCGCAGAAGCCGAUUCGAACGGCUACCCCGAACGGCUACCCCGCUCGGUCUAGCAACAGACUUGACAUCAUCACACGGACAGUGGACUUCCGGCCGAGCGGCUAUUCCGCUGGACUCAGCAACAGUUCACGCGGACAAUAGACUUUCGGCCGAGCGACCAUCCCGCUCGGCACAGCAGCAUAGCAUGUGAACAGUACACUUCCGGCCGAGCGGCCAUCCCAUUCGGACCGACAACAUACAGCACGGGAAUAGUGGAAUUCCGAUCGAGCGACUGCCCCACUCAGCCCACUAAUAGACACAACACACUAUCUCUCGACAUCCUUUUGGAAGCUAGUGAUGUUGACAGACGGUAUGGUUAGACAGAGGAUCGUACGGCGGAAGUUUCCACUGUCACUUCAGAGAUAUGCUCGGCUUGUUAAAGUACUUUGUCAGGGACAAUUUAUUGACACGUUUUUUCAGAAAAAAUUUUAAGAUGCAUGCUCACCUUGGGAAGUGUGCACGCGCGCUACAAGAGCUUUAUACAAAGGGGGAUCUAAGCAUUUGUGGAGGUAUGCGUUACAUGCGAUAUUUAUUGUUGCACUACGGUUUUCGUUGCUUCUUCUCCUUUUUGCUUCAACGGAGACUGACUUGAGCGUCGGAGGGUCAUCGUCGGGGACUUUUUUCCUGCCCCGGCAUUGACGCUGCUUGUGUUGCAUGUCGGAGCAAAGUCCAUAGGAGGUCAAUAGGAGCGUCACAUCUCCAGCAUCCAUCUCAUCGACUUUCGGACAGGAUCAGAAGAGAUCGAAGAUAAGACAUUGAAGAUAAGAAAGAGGAUAAAUCAUCCCUUGAAGCAGAAGAAAUUGAAUAAAAGAAAGAGGCAGAGGCAUCUCCAGAAGGAAAAGAACAUGAAGAAGAAGAUGAGAAAGAUAUCGAUACACCUCAUGAAGCAGAUGAAAAAGAUGGACAUGAAGAAGUGACUGAAGAAAAGAAAGAGUUAGAGUCGUCUCUUGAAGGAGAAGGAGAAGGUGAUGGAACCCAUAGCAAUCAAACUCAUCCUCACAUAAUUCAUUCUGAAGUCAGCACAUGCAGAAGAAUUUUCUACAACGAAGGAAGCCAUUGAGAAGAGACAACCUGCGUCAUUUGCUCAAGAAGAAGAUGGAUCCAAGAACAAUCAAAUUCAAACUAACAUAGCUGAUCUUCAACACAGGGCUGAAGGGCGGUCUAUAGUGAAUGAAGUAGAGUAAAUGGGAGAAGAAAGCCAAGAGUCAGACUCAUCUCCUGAAGCAGCAGCUCAAAUGAGAGAGGACGGAUCAGGUAGUGCUAGAGUUUCUUCUGCAAGAUCAAAUGAAGCAGCGAUCGCGCCAUCAGAGGUAGUUGAACAACCGGAGAUUCUACUGCUCAAAGUGGAGUCGAAAAUCUUGAGUGACUCCUUCAUAACAUCAGGAAGAAGUCAAGGAUGAGGUGCAUGUAAACGAGGCAGAAGAAAAGCAAGAAGAAAGCAUUAUAUGCAGAGAUAAGAUCCCAGAUAAAUUGGUGCGUGCAAUUAAGGCAGAAGAAAAGGAAGAACAAAGCAUCAUCGGGAGAGAGAAAACCACAGAAAAUAUAGUACAACAAUGGUUAAUGGCAAUUAUCAGAGAGAAGGCACUCGUGUUGGAGAAAUUCUUGAUGGAUAUUCCUGACAGAUUGUUGGUGGGUUUCCUGGUAAUGGCACUAACCAUAGUGCUGCUUCAGUACAUGCCAGACCUCUGUCACGGCUCUAUCACACGAUUUCUCCGUCCGAAGAUAAUUCACCGGAAAAUUGAGGUGUACUUUUAUGCUUUAGAAUUACGUCAAGGACUAGUUUUUGAUUUCGUUCGAGAAUCAUGUACUUUCUUCAUUGUCUACUAC